AUGGUCAAAAUCGACGAAUUUGCCGUUGAGCGGUGGAUGGAUGACUAUGAAAACGAUGCCAAGUUUAACCUGGCUGAGACCUGCUGCUCCUCAAUUUCUCUGACCGACCUCCUUGAUCUCUCAGGUAACUCAGAUCGGGAGGAUAAGAUCCUGGACUUUUCGCAAAAGCAGGUCUAUGGAGCAAUCCGGGGAUCAAAGGCUUUACGCACCAACAUUGCACGGCUAUACUACAACGGUGCAUCUGCUCAGUUGCCCGUAGACCAAGUUCUUAUUACGAACGGAGCAAUCCAAGCGAACUUUUUGGCCCUUUAUACGAAUGUUGGCCCAGGGGACCACGUCAUCUGUCAUUAUCCCACCUACCAGCAGCUAUACUCCAUUCCAAAGUCAUUUGGAGCCGAGGUCAGCCUCUGGAGGUCCAAAGAGAAUGAAGGGUGGCGACUGGAUCUUGAUGAAUUGAGAUCUUUGAUUCGCCCAAACACCAAAUACAUCGUUAUCAACAAUCCCCAAAACCCUACCGGGGCUGUUUUGACUCGUGCAAACCUGCAAGGAAUUGUGGAUAUCGCCCGAGAGCAUGGAAUCAUCCUCCACAGCGAUGAGGUGUAUCGGCCGCUAUUUCAUUCCUUGGACGCAGGUAGCCAGGAUCCACCAUCUGUACUCUCGUUUGGAUACGAGAAGACGAUUGUGACAGGUUCCAUGUCUAAGGCUUUUAGUUUGGCUGGUAUCCGACUUGGUUGGAUCAUUUCGUUGAGCCCUGGAAUCAUUGAAGCCUGUGCGUCUACCAGGGAUUACACCGUGAUCUCGGUAAGUCAGGUUGAUGAUCAAAUUGCCACGUUUGCUCUUAAUAGCCCGACCGUGCAUAAUCUUCUGGCACGAAACAUCGAUUUGGCUCGACGGAAUCUUGCCGUUCUGGGCGAGUUUGUGGAGGAGUUUAAGUGGGCAUGUCAAUGGACUCGCCCUCAAGCAGGCACGACUGCCUUUAUUAAAUUUUCUGACAAAGGUGGAAGCCCCAUUGAUGAUGUGGAAUUCUGCAAGCGUCUGCAGAAGAACAAUGGAGUGAUGUUUGUACCUGGAAGCCAGUGCUUUGGAGGCGGAGUUGAUUUCAAGGGCUUCGUUCGGGUAGGUUAUGUCAAUGAGCAUCAAGUCAUCAUUGAUGGUCUGAAAUCCCUUCGUGCUUUCAUGGUUGACGGAUAUACGGAGUUACCAUUGGCAUGA